AUGUCGCGCAAACCAGGGGCGCCCGUCGCCCGCGCCGGGCCCGUGGCAGCCCCCAUCCAAGCGAUCGCCCUGACCAAUACCGACGGCGAGGAGCAGUGCCCCAUCUGCAAGACCCUCCGGUACAUGAACAAGUCGAUGCGCUUCCUCAUCAACCCGGAGUGCUAUCACCCGCUCUGCAACAACUGCGUCGACCGCCUGUUCGAGAACGGGCCCAACCAGUGCCCCUACGUCGGCUGCCACAGGACGCUGCGCAAGAAGGCCUUCCGCGAGCCCGUAUUCUCCGACCUGUCCGUCGAGCGCGAGGUCGACAUCCGCCGUCGCGUCGCCGCCGUCUUCAACCGUACCGAGGACGAGUUCGAGGACCUGACCUCCUACAACGAGUACCUGGAGAUGGUCGAGGCCCUGACCAUGGACCUCGUGUACGGCGGGCCCGCCGACCAGGCCGCCGCCAACGAGAAGCUGCUGCAGUGGGAGGACGAGCACAAGGCCGAGAUUGAGCGCAACAAGCGCAUGGGCGAGCGCCAGAAGGAGUCCACCCGCAGGCAGAUCGCCGCCGAGAAGGAGGCCGCCCGCCAGCGCCGCGCUGAGGCCGCCCAGGCCGAGGAAGAGGAGCGCCUGGCCAAGAUCAAGCAGCGCGAGGAGGACCUCGACACCCUCGCGCGCGCCCCGCAGGGCCAGGCCACAAAGGUCAUGCUCAAGCGCCGCGGCCAGCACCGCAAGGAGGAGAUUGCCGCCUCCGAGGCCGCCGCCCUGCGCCGUGCCGCCGCCGCGGCUGCCGGCGGCUUGUCCAUCCGCGGCCUGAAGAAGAAGGGCGACGCGGCGAGGGACGCGGACACGGGCCCCUACGACCCCUUCGGCAAGCUGGACCUCGGCAGCACCCGGUACACGCUCGAGAAGGACUACAAGAACCCGUUCCUCGACAGCGCGAAGCACGACCAGAAGAUCACGGCGGGCGGCUACAGCCUGCAGGAGUACUACGCACGGGCCAUGUUCGAGGCCUUUGCCGGUAUGGCUGUGUUCGUCAACGACGAGAAGGAGACCGGCAAGCUGGGACUGGACUUUGGGGACGUCGCUACGGGGGGUGCUGGCCUGGCCGCACAGGCGGACGGAGUGGGCGACGAGGCUGCGAGGACGGCGGUCAAGAGGGAGAGGACCGAGGUGAAGCUGGAGAUGGACCGCGAGGUCAAGCAGGAGGCCAGGGGAGGACGUGGUCAAGGUCGAGCAGCCGAUCAAGAUGGAGGUGGAUGA